GCUCGGAUGGGGAGCCGAGCUGCCUGAGCGUUCGGCAACCUUCGGCGGUUUCCGUUGGGGCCCGGCCGCCAUUUUCUCGCUCCCUCUCGCAACUCCGCGACUACCUGCGCGGCUCCCUGCCCUGGUCGCCUGCGCUUUGUCCUGUUCGGCGAUGGACGGCAUUGUUACUGAUGUUGCAGUUGGUGUAAAGAGAGGAUCUGACGAGCUUCUUUCAGGCAGUGUACUCAGUAGCCCGACCACUAACAUGAGCAGCAUAGUAGUUACUGCCAAUGGUAACGACAACAAGAAAUUCAAAGGUGAAGACAAAAUGGAUGGGGCUCCUUCUCGUGUUCUUCAUAUCAGAAAAUUACCAGGGGAAGUGACAGAAACAGAAGUUAUUGCUUUAGGCUUACCUUUUGGUAAGGUAACCAACAUUCUCAUGCUGAAAGGAAAGAACCAGGCUUUUUUGGAGUUGGCAACAGAAGAAGCUGCAAUCACUAUGGUUAAUUAUUAUUCUGCCGUGACACCUCAUCUUCGUAACCAACCCAUUUAUAUCCAGUACUCAAACCAUAAAGAAUUAAAGACUGAUAAUACACUGAAUCAGCGAGCACAAGCAGUACUACAGGCAGUGACUGCUGUACAGACAACAAAUACUCCUAUAAGUGGAACUACAGUUAGUGAGAGUGCAGUAACUCCAGCACAGAGUCCAGUCCUUAGAAUAAUUAUUGACAACAUGUACUAUCCUGUAACCCUUGAUGUUCUCCACCAAAUAUUCUCCAAAUUUGGAGCAGUUCUGAAAAUAAUCACAUUCACAAAGAAUAACCAGUUUCAAGCAUUGUUACAGUAUGGUGAUCCAGUAAAUGCUCAACAAGCAAAACUUGCAUUAGAUGGUCAGAAUAUUUAUAAUGCCUGUUGUACCUUACGGAUUGAUUUUUCCAAAUUGGUCAACUUGAAUGUAAAGUACAAUAAUGAUAAAAGUAGGGAUUACACACGUCCUGACCUUCCCUCCGGUGACGGCCAGCCAGCUCUGGAUCCAGCUAUUGCUGCUGCAUUUGCAAAGGAGACCUCACUUCUAGGGCUUCCUGUUGCAGCUGUUCCAGGAGCGCUGAGUCCAUUGGGUAUUCCAAAUGCGGCCGCUGCUGCUGCGGCCGCUGCCGCUGGCCGUGUGGGGAUGCCUGGAGUUUCAUCUGGCGGAAACACCGUCCUCCUGGUUAGCAAUUUAAAUGAAGAGAUGGUUACGCCCCAAAGUCUGUUUACCCUCUUCGGUGUUUAUGGGGAUGUGCAGCGUGUGAAGAUUUUAUACAAUAAGAAAGACAGUGCUCUCAUACAGAUGGCUGAUGGAAACCAAUCGCAGCUCGCCAUGAGCCAUCUUAAUGGGCAGAAAAUGUAUGGAAAGAUUAUCCGUGUUACUCUUUCCAAGCAUCAGACAGUACAACUACCUCGAGAAGGACUUGAUGACCAAGGGCUAACUAAAGACUUCGGCAAUUCACCUCUUCAUCGCUUCAAGAAGCCUGGUUCAAAAAACUUCCAGAAUAUUUUCCCUCCUUCUGCAACUCUUCAUUUAUCUAAUAUACCACCAUCAGUAUCAGAAGAUGACCUGCGUAUGCUGUUUGCUAAUACUGGCGGCACUGUGAAAGCAUUUAAAUUUUUCCAAAGAGAUCACAAGAUGGCUCUUCUUCAGAUGUCAACAGUAGAAGAAGCUAUCCAAGCCUUGAUUGAUCUGCAUAAUUACAAUCUCGGAGAAAAUCAUCAUCUGAGAGUUUCUUUUUCCAAAUCAACCAUUUGAAGUGAGAGAUCAAAAUAAUAAGGUUGUAUCACAUUGUUUAGUGUUGUCAUCUACGACUGUUCGGGAAAGCGGGGACCAGAGAUGGACAUCUGUUUUUCAUGCUGUUACCAUUCCUUGAUUGUUUAUGUAUAAAAUGAAAACAAAAAAGGAUUUACAAGAAAGAAGCAGUGAUAUUAUCUGCUGGUUUUGCAUAUGUUUAUGAAACCAUUUUGUUUAAAAGGGAUUCUGAGGAAAUCCCAUAGUUUUUCAACUUAGUUAACAUACGUGCCUUAAAAAAGGAAAACCUAGAGUUGCUAGAGUUGCAUUUACUAGUUUAAAAAUUGGUUGUCUGGGGCACAUUGUUACAUGGGAAUUAAUGGGUGCAAUCCUGUGAAUGUUAGGGUUACCUGCUUCCUGCUGAAAUCAGUGGAAUUAAAACACUGCGUUCAGAGGGACUCUGUGUCGCCUAACUUGCAGGAUUUUGCCAAAUAUGUAUUAGGCAGGAGUGUGUAAAAAGGGUUAAGUUUUGUUUCUCCUGCUUGAAAUUUAUUGGCUUUUCAUGAAUCAUUUAAAGACAAAAUAAGUUGCAUUGCUAAAUAAAAUUAGCACAUUUUAUUUUUUUUCUUUAUUACUUAAAAUGGCCUUGUGUAUUCCACCUUUAGUUCAGUUAAGGAUAUAGGUGUUAGAGAGUAUUAACAAGAUGCAGAGAAUUAAUUUCUUUAAAAGGCAGAAGGGUGAUUCUUUUAUUUUUGUUUGCUUGCUUGUUUGUUCCUUUGGCUUCAAGCCACUAGGGAAAAAGCAUUGUAAAGUCUUAACCUUUUUGUACACACACUGGGGGCGUAUCAUAUAAAUGUUGGCACUAAGUAAUGUCUUGUUUGUGGCUGAAUAUUUUUUGUAGAUGUUUUUUGAAGUUGACAUGACUUAUGUGCAUUUAAAUAUAUAUUGCCAUUUUUAGUUAGUAAUUACAAUUUGAAAUAUGGUUGUGGAUUUCUGAGCAUGUGCAGACUGGUCUAGCUAGUUCAGGAGUUGGUGCAUGUAUUUCAAGGAUGAAGAAAGUAUUGCAAACUUUUGCAGACAGAUUAAUAAUUUUGUGGCAGUUUUUCUUUAUAAAAACAAAAAACAAAACUGACAACCAGGUGGGACCAAAGUUUAUGUGCCUUUAGUCUUAAUUUUCCUUGCAUUGUAAUAUUCAGUUUUAAUAAAUCUCUUCAAAAUAUUUUGUAUCUAGAAAUGGAUCUGACUUUACUAUAAACAUGGCUCAGAAUCUACAGGAAAAUUUCAUUUGAAAACAGUUCCUCUGUCAGUUGGGCUGUUGUCUUGAUUCUGUUCAAAUGACCAAUACUUUUGCAAUUGAUGUACUUAGUUUCAAAAGUCAUAGAUUCUGUUAUCUAUGUAGAAAAAGGUCAUGUAUAUUUUCUAUUAGUUGAGUUUUUACAUCUUUAGAAAUGUAAUAUUUCAGUAUAGUUUGAAAGCGGCACAAUUAAAAAUUAAUUUUCUAACAAAGUUGGGAGGUUUGAUGGUUGUUUAAUUUCUUCUUAUGUGUACGCUGCUUGCCUCUGUAGCAUGCUCAAUAAACACUUCUGUAGCUCUGUA